AUGUUUAACAUCUUCAACAAGGGCCAAAAGAUCAAGGGGACUGUGGUGUUGAUGGCCAAAAAUGUUUUGGACUUCGACGCCAUAACGUCCAUUGGUAGUGGCGGUGUUACUGGCGCUGUCGAUAGCAUCUUCGACACUGCCACAAGCUUAGCUGGCCAACUACUUGAUAGUGCCACUGCCAUCUUCAGCCGUAGCGUCUCCUUGCAGUUGAUCAGUGCUACCAAGACUGAUGGAAGUGGAAAUGGCAAACUUGGAACAGAAACCUUUUUGCAGAAACAUAUUCCAACGUUACCAACCUUGGGAGCAAGGAAGGAUGUUUUCGAAAUUUAUUUCGAUUGGGAUAGUGAUUUCGGAAUACCAGGAGCAUUUUACAUUAAAAACUUUAUGCAAGAUGAGUUUUUCAUUGUCAGUGUGACGCUUGAAGACAUUCCAAAUCAUGGAACCAUUUACUUUGUUUGUAACUCAUGGGUUUACAACGCUAAGUAUUACAAAAAGGAACGCAUUUUCUUCGACAAUAAUGCAUAUCUUCCAAAUGAAACACCAGCUCCACUAGCUAAGUAUAGAGCAGAAGAGUUGCAAAAUUUAAGAGGAGAUGGAACUGGGGAGCGCAAAGUAUGGGAAAGGAUCUAUGAUUAUGAUGUAUAUAAUGAUUUGGGAAAUCCAGAUAGCAGUGAAAACCUUGCUCGCCCUGUCCUUGGAGGGUCUAGCACCUAUCCUUACCCUCGUAGGGUUAGAACCGGUAGAAAACCAACCAGGAAAGAUCCUAAGAGUGAGCAACCAGGGGAGAUUUAUGUUCCAAGAGAUGAAAAUUUUGGUCACUUGAAGUCAUCAGACUUCCUUGCAUAUGGAAUAAAAUCUUUAUCUCAAGACGUUUUACCUCUGUUUCAAUCUUUAAUUUUUGACUUGAAUUUCACACCAAAUGAGUUUACUAGCUUCGAUGACGUGCGUGGACUCUAUGAAGGUGGUAUUACACUUCCUACUACUAUACUCAGCCAAAUUAGCCCCUUACCAGUUCUCCAAGAAAUCUUCCGCACUGAUGGUGAACAAGCCCUUAAGUUUCCACCACCUCAAGUAAUCAAAGUUAGUAAGUCUGCAUGGAUGACUGAUGAUGAAUUUUCAAGAGAGAUGAUUGCUGGUGUAAAUCCUUGCGUGAUUCGCCUUCUUGAAGAGUUCCCACCAGUAAGCAAGCUAGAUGCCACUGUCUAUGGUGAUCAAACUAGUACAAUAACAAAAGAAAACUUGGAGACUAAUCUGAAUGGGGUCACAAUAGAUGAGGCACUUAGUGGUCUGAGAUUAUUCAUAUUAGAUUACCAUGACGCUUUCAUGCCUUAUUUGAGAAGGAUAAACACAACUGCAAAGGCUUAUGCCACGAGGACAAUCCUGUUCUUGAAAGAUGAUGGGACUCUAAAGCCACUGGCCAUUGAAUUAAGUUUGCCACAUCCAAAUGGAGAUCAGUUUGGUGCCGUGAGUAAAGUCAUCUUGCCAGCAGAUGAAGGUGUUGAAAGUACAAUUUGGCUAUUGGCCAAGGCUUAUGUUGUUGUAAAUGACUCAUGCUACCACCAGCUCAUGAGCCACUGGUUAAAUACUCAUGCAGUGGUUGAGCCAUUUUCCAUAGCAACAAACAGGAAUCUCAGUGUGCUCCACCCUAUUUAUAAACUUCUAUAUCCACACUAUCGUGACACCAUCAAUAUCAAUGGACUUGCUCGGCAAUCACUAAUUAAUGCAGGUGGCAUUAUAGAGCAAUCAUUUUUGCCUGGACCGUAUUCUAUUGAGAUGUCUUCAGUGGCUUACAAGAAUUGGGUUUUUACUGAUCAAGCAUUACCAGCUGAUCUCAUCAAGAGAGGAUUGGCAGUUGAGGAUCCCUCUUCACCCCAUGGUCUUCGCCUUGUGAUAGAGGACUACCCUUAUGCUGUUGAUGGACUAGAGAUAUGGGAUGCUAUUAAGACAUGGGUCCAAGACUAUGUUUCCUUGUAUUACACGACAGAUGUGGCUGUUCAAAAUGACACUGAACUGCAAGCUUGGUGGAAGGAAGCUGUAGAAAAGGGUCAUGCUGACUUAAAAGAUAAGUCAUGGUGGCCUAAGUUGCAGACUCGUGAAGAGCUGAUUCAAUCUUGCUCUAUUGUCAUAUGGACUGCUUCUGCUCUUCAUGCAGCUGUUAAUUUUGGACAAUAUCCUUAUGGAGGUUAUAUCCUGAACCGUCCAACUCUUAGCAGAAGAUUGAUCCCAGAAAAGGGAACUCCAGAAUAUGAUGAGAUGGUGAAGAGUCCUCAAAAGGCUUAUUUGAGAACAAUUACACCAAAGUACCAGACCCUUGUUGACCUUUCAGUGAUUGAGAUAUUGUCAAGGCAUGCUUCUGAUGAGAUCUACCUAGGGGAGAGGGAUAAUCCAAAUUGGACAUCUGACACAACGGCAUUACAAGCCUUCAAGAAGUUUGGAAGCAAGUUGGCAGAAAUUGAGGGGAAUAUCACAGGGAGGAACAACAAUUCAAGUCUGAUAAACCGAUUGGGGCCAGUUCAACUGCCCUACACUUUGCUCCUUCCUACAAGUAAUGAAGGGUUGACUUUCAGAGGAAUUCCCAACACAAAGAUGUUUGGCAUCUUAAACAAGGGCCAAAAGGUCAAGGGGACUGUGGUGUUUAUGCCCAAGAAUGUCUUGGACUUCAACGCCAUAACCUCCGUUGCUAGUGGCGGUGUUACCGGCGCUGUCGGUGGCAUCUUCGGCAUGGCCAGCGGCGUAGCUGGUCAAGUAGUUGAUGGUGCCACUUCCAUCUUUAGCCGUAGCGUCUCCCUUCAGUUGAUCAGUGCUACCAAGACUGAUGCAAGUGGAAAAGGGAAAAUUGGAAAGGAAACCUUUUUGCAGAAACAUCUUCCAACGUUACCAACAUUGGGGGCAGGCCAGGAUGCAUUCGAUAUUUUCUUUGAUUGGGAUGCUGAUUUCGGAAUACCAGGAGCAUUUUACAUUAAAAACUAUAUGCAAGGUGGAGAGUUCUUCCUUGUCAGUGUAACACUUGAAGACAUACCAAAUCAUGGAACCAUUCACUUUGUUUGUAACUCAUGGGUUUACAACUCAAAGAAUUACAAGAAGGAUCGCAUUUUCUUUGACAGUAAUGCAUUUCUUCCAAGUGAAACACCAGCUGCACUAGUUAAGUACAGAGAAGAAGAGUUGCAGAACUUAAGAGGAGAUGGAACUGGGGUGCGCAAGGAAUGGGAAAGGAUCUAUGAUUAUGAUGUCUACAAUGAUUUGGGCAAUCCAGAUAGUGGUGACAAACUUGCUCGUCCAAUCCUUGGAGGGUCUAGCACCUAUCCCUACCCUCGCAGGGUUAGAACCGGUAGAAAAUUUACCAGGAAAGAUCCCAAAAGUGAGCAACCAGGCACAGUUUAUGUUCCAAGAGAUGAAAAUUUCGGUCACUUGAAGUCUUCAGACUUCCUUACAUAUGGAAUAAAAUCUUUGUCUCAAAACGUGUUACCUUUGUUUCAAUCUGUGAUUUUUGAUUUGAAUUUCACACCGAAUGAGUUUGAUAGCUUCGAUGAAGUGCGUGGACUCUAUGAAGGUGGAAUUAAGCUUCCUACUGAUGUACUCAGCCAAAUUAGCCCAUUACCUGUCCUUAAGGAAAUCUUCCGGACUGAUGGUGAACAAGUCCUCAAAUUCCCACCACCCCAUGUAAUCAAAGUUACUAAGUCUGCAUGGAUGACUGAUGAAGAAUUUGGAAGAGAGAUGCUUGCUGGUGUAAAUCCUUGUGUAAUUCAGCUACUUCAAGAGUUCCCACCACGAAGCCAGCUAGAUGCCACAGUCUACGGUGAUCAAACUAGUACAAUAACAAAAGAAAACUUGGAGACUAACCUAGAUGGGGUCACAGUAGAAGAGGCACUUAGUGGUCAGAGAUUACUCAUAUUAGAUUACCAUGACGCAUUCAUGCCGUAUUUGAGAAAGAUAAACACAAUUGCAAAGGCUUAUGCCACAAGGACAAUCCUGUUCUUGAAAGAUGAUGGGACUCUAAAGCCAUUGGCCAUUGAAUUAAGUUUGCCUCAUCCUGAUGGAGAUCAAUUUGGUGCAGAUAGUAAAGUCAUCUUACCUGCGGACCAAGGUGUUGAAAGCACAAUUUGGCUGUUGGCCAAGGCUCAUGUAAUUGUAAAUGAUUCUUGCUAUCACCAACUCAUGAGCCACUGGUUAAAUACUCAUGCAGUGGUUGAGCCAUUUAUCAUAGCAACAAAUAGGCAUCUCAGUGUGCUUCACCCUAUUCAUAAACUUCUAUUUCCUCACUAUCGUGACACCAUCAAUAUCAAUGGACUUGCUCGCAAUUCACUAAUUAAUGCAGGUGGCAUUAUAGAGCAAUCAUUUUUGCCCGGACCCUAUUCUGUUGAGAUGUCUUCAACUGUUUACAAGAAUUGGGUUUUUACUGAUCAAGCAUUACCUGCUGAUCUCAUCAAGAGAGGAUUGGCAGUUGAGGAUCCUUCUUCACCACAUGGUCUUCGCCUUGUGAUAGAGGAUUACCCUUAUGCUGUUGAUGGACUAGAGAUAUGGGAUGCCAUUAAGACAUGGGUCCAAGACUAUGUAUCCUUGUAUUACACAACAGAUGUGGCUGUACAAAAAGACUCUGAACUGCAAGCAUGGUGGAAAGAAGCUGUAGAAAAGGGUCAUGCUGACUUAAAAGAUAAGCCAUGGUGGCCUAAGUUGCAAACUCUUGAAGAGCUGAUUCAAUCUUGCUCUAUUAUCAUAUGGACUGCUUCUGCUCUUCAUGCAGCUGUUAAUUUUGGACAAUACCCUUAUGGAGGUUAUAUCCUGAACCGUCCAACUAUUACCAGAAGAUUCAUCCCAGAAAAGGGAACUCCAGAAUAUGAUGAGAUGGUGAAAAGUCCUCAAAAGGCUUAUUUGAGAACAAUCACACCCAAGUACCAGACCCUUGUUGACCUUUCAGUGAUUGAGAUAUUGUCAAGGCAUGCUUCUGAUGAGGUCUACCUUGGGGAGAGGGAUAAUCCAAAUUGGACAUCAGAUACAAAGGCUUUACAAGCCUUCAAGAAGUUUGGAAGCAAGUUGGCAGAAAUUGAGGGAAAAAUCAAAGGGAGAAACAACAAUUCAAGUCUGAGAAACCGAUAUGGGCCAAUUCAGCUGCCUUACACUUUGCUCGCUCCUUCAAGUGAUGAAGGGUUGACUUUUAGAGGAAUUCCCAACAGUAUCUCUAUCUAA